AUGAUAACACCAUCCGGACCGAGCGAUCCGGACCAUAUUGGGGAUGGCAACAAAACGCCGGAAAAUAAACCACGACUGGCGGCAUUUCGUUUGAUGGCUGGCCGACUGACAGUGAAUGCCAUUCAAUCAGUGGCCGUCACAGAACUCCUUCUUCUACCCGGACACAUCGCAUCCCACAUAACGAGCAUCCUAUGUGAAAUGUUGCUCGGGAUUGUCGCGUUGCUUAUCGUCCGGAUAGAGGCAUCGGAUUUUGACUAUGCCAGAAUAUUAGGUACUCCAAAAAUGACGUGUGUGGAAGAUGGGGUGAUGCUCGACAUUGAGACAUCACUGCCGUUUCAAGGUCGAAUUUAUGUGACGGAUAAGAACGGGUCUCGCGUCUACUCGGGCUUCAUCUCAAUCGGCUUCCAUCCGGUGGUGAUGACCCCGUCGGAUCGGGUUUUCGCGUUGCGUUGCCUCGACGAGGCUCCGGUCCGAGAGAUCAGCGACCGAUCAGACGUAAAUUGUACACAUGCCGUCCGUCAAGCCGCACAUUGGGACCGUAUGCCGACAAAUUUUACCAUUGGCGACCCGAUAGUGCACGACUGGAGUUGCCAGUUCCCGCGUGAAGAAGAAGGCCAAUUUUUGACGGUCUUAACAUACUGUAGUGCCGUGUCGCGCACCGGCCAGGUGAUGCACUUAAUUGAUGAAAAUGGUUGCAUCGUGGACCAGGAACUGCUCAGCGACCUCACCUACAGCAAUUAUCAAGUGAAAAUCUACGGGAGGGCGAAGAUGUUUCGUUUCGUUUCGGGUGAUAAAUUUCGAUUUGAAUGCCGACUGCGGAUGUGCCGGAAAGGUGUUGGGGGUUGCAACUCGGAAAGCAUACCCCCAAAGUGUGCAUUCACAAAAGAGGAAAUAUUGAAGCACAAAGAGGGUCGGCGAACGCGUUUGGAUGCUGUGGAUCAACAUUUCAAGACUAACCUCUUAAACGAUGCCGUCAGCUUUGCGAGGGAAAUUUCCGUGUCUAGCGAAUGGAUUCACGUAGCGCAUAAUGACUACACAGAUGCGGAAAACCUUCGAGAAAGAUAUCGAAUCAAUGGAGUUGUGGAUCACUCGAUGGAACCGUUAGCCCGACCUAUAAGGGCUCCACAUUUCCUCAAAUAUAUAUCAUAUCGGGAAGUUCAACCUCCAAUGGCCGCCACGAUGCGUUUCCUGCCCGUUUUGGCGACGAAGUUGGAGAGAUUUGAAAAAUCAAAGCCCACGUGGCGGACAACCUACAUAAUUUUACCUCCAGGCUCCACGCCUUCACCCGAUUUAUUCAGGGAAACUAAGGGUGAAGAUGUGCUCCAGCUGACGUUACCGUCCACGGGAUGGCAGAUUGCGCAAACCCCAAGAGUUGCACUACCUUUUGACGAUGUCCCGGCAGGAACCACGACAACAACAAGACGACCGAGAAAAGUCGUGUAUCGGCCAAAUGAAUCGGAGGCGCGAGAAGAUGAUCUCGAGCUAAUGGAUCUUAACGCCGGAGAACCACCGUUCGAUGCUGACAGCGCGGAAAUCAAUCGAAUUCCGGGGAGUGUAAAUGAUAUUCAAGAACAAUUUGAAAACCAUCGGCAACAAUGGCGCCUGGACGAAGUACCGGUGAAUCAGAAUGAAACGAUUAUCCUGGCUGGGGCCCAGUGCUCUAAUUCGACAACAUCCGGGACCUCUCAAAGAUGCAAAUGGAGCUCGAUGGAGAACAUCUUGUUGGCUUGGUCGUUCGGGUCGUUGGUGUUGUGGAUUAUACUUGGAGCCGUAUGCUUUCACCGAUAUAACAGUAAGAAGCCGGCGUGGACGAGACGUCGUCACAUGAUCUCAGCCGCAUGUGUGAUCCCCCGCGAGCAUCCUUGGACCCACCAGGAUGCAUUCGUUGAGCCAAAACCCGCAUACCACAAGAAAGAAAUUGAUCUCCAGCAUUUG